AUGCAUCACCCCCUUCUGUCCAGCCCAAUCUUCAGUCUCGCCAUAACCCUCUUUGCGAUCCCUGCUAUCCGCGCCUCCUGUUACUACCCCGACGGUUCAUUCCCCACGGACUAUGCAUACGAAGCUUGCACCGGAGACCAAUUCUCAUCAUGCUGUAUACCAGCCGAAGGCGACCUGUGCCUGUCCAACGGUCUGUGCCAAUUCGGGAAGGGCGGUUACGUCUUCCGCGGCGCAUGCUCAGAUAAGAACUGGAACUCACCCAACUGCUUCCAGCAUUGCAAGCAAGGCGACUACGCGGCGAACUGGCAGAGAGUAGUCUCAUGCGGCGGCAACAGAUACUGCUGCUACAGCUCAGAAAGCAUAUGCUGCAACGAUGACACCCAGGUCUUCGAGGUCGCCGACGGGACCGUCGUCAAUGAUUACACGAGCUUGACGCCAGAAGCAACCCAGCCAUUGACAGGCGCUGCAAGCUCUGCCACCGGCGCUGUCGUUACAACUGCUGUGAAUGGGUUCCAAACAACUGCGACUAGCCGAACGACAUCGUCCACAUCGUCACCGACCGCAUCGUCACACCCUGCCUCAUCAGUCUUCCAAAAUAACAAGGUCCCUAUCAUCGCCGGCAUAGCGGGCGGCAUCGCCGUUAUUUUCGCCCUCACGGUUGGCUAUAAGUGCGCUAGACGUCGCUACCGAAGGAGGAACGCAAUGCUUCCGGUCCCGCCCUACAAUCCCCCGCAAACGUCGUUCAAUCCACGUCCAGCAUCGGUAUCUUCAAGUUCUCGCGCUGUAUCGCCCGCGUCACCACCGCAGUGGCAGAACGAUCCAGCGAAGAUGACGCCUUGGGCGGCGGCCACACCAGUGCCACCGCAAACACCGACACCGCCGCUGCAAGGGAGAACGCCGGAACCAAACCCAUAUAAUCAGCAUGGUGGGGUCGUGUACGAGGCGCAGGGCACGCCUGCGCCGACAAGGUAUGAGGUUCCAGGACAGACGCGGCCGAUAUAUGAAGUUCCAGGGCAGACGCAGUCGGUGUAUGAAGCUCCGGGGCAGACGAGGCCGUUGUACGAGGCGCCAGGGCAGACGCGGCAGAUGUAUGAGGCUCCAUGAGGCGUUGGGUAACCCGAUUGUUAUAGACUUAACGGUUUCUUACGGCUGGCGUUCUUGUUUUAUUGCAUCUACUGCAUUUAUUGUAAAUAUCUGAUGACGGUCUGAUGAGUGCUGGUAUUACUUACGCGUUGUAAGAUAAAGCCCUUCAUCUGUAGAAUGAUUAGCGG